CAGCCCCCGCGGGCCGCGCCCGCCCGGGCGGUGCCGGGAAUGCGGGCGGCCGGCGGAGCCAUGGCGUCCUUCCGCCUUGCUCUUAUCCAGCUCCAUGUAUCUGCUGUUAAAUCAGAUAAUCUCCAACGAGCCUGUGGACUGGUGAGAGAAGCAUCAGCUAAAGGAGCAAAACUCGUGGCUCUGCCUGAAUGCUUUAAUUCUCCAUAUGGAACCCAAUACUUUAAGGAGUAUGCAGAGAAGAUCCCUGGGGAAUCAACACAAAAGCUGUCAGAAGUUGCAAAGGAAUGCAGCAUAUAUCUCAUUGGAGGAUCCAUUCCAGAAGAGGAUGGUGGAAAGCUCUAUAAUACAUGUGCUGUCUUUGGGCCUGAUGGUGCUCUUCUGGCAAAGCAUAGGAAGGUUCAUUUGUUUGACAUUAAUGUUCCUGGGAAGAUACAGUUCAAAGAGUCUGAAACACUGAGUCCAGGAAAUAGUUUCUCCAUGUUUGACACACCAUACUGCAAAGUGGGUCUGGGCAUCUGCUAUGAUAUGAGAUUUGCUGAGAUGGCUCAAAUCUAUGGCCAGAAAGGUUGCCAGCUGCUGAUAUAUCCCGGGGCUUUUAACAUGACAACAGGACCAGCUCAUUGGGAACUCUUACAAAGGGGAAGAGCUGUUGAUAAUCAACUCUACGUAGCUACUGUAUCUCCUGCUAGAGAUGAAAAAGCAUCCUAUGUUGCCUGGGGACACAGCACUGUAGUAAAUCCAUGGGGUGAAGUCAUAGCCAAAGCUGGGGCUGAGGAAACAGUUGUAUACACUGAUAUAGAUCUAAAGAAACUUGCAGAAAUACGUCAGCAGAUUCCUAUUUUAAGCCAGAAGCGUUGUGAUCUCUAUGGUGUAGAGAUGAAAAAGUGAAGCUGGGUGAAGAGGGAAGGUUCAGCUGUCACAAUGGCUGUUGCCUUCAUCUUUGGAAGGAUUUCCUUAGUAGUUGCUCCACAAUUUACUACCUAAUGUGCCAGUUAAGAAACCACCAUGUAACAAAAAACUUGGUGCAAUUCUAGUAUGAUUGAAACAUAAAUUUUGUAUCUCCUCUCAUACUUAAGUAUUUCAUAGUAUUUUACAGCUAGGAUAAAGAUGGAGAUGAAAUCAGUUCAACACAGCAGUGAUUAACAUUGAUUUUUAUGCAUCAUAAUGUUUUAGUUGCCUUCUGCGGGCUGUUUUGUAGAACACAGAAAUCAGAAAUGGAAAUCUUCUUCUCUGGAACUCCCUCUCAGUCAGCUUUGGUAUUAUGAAUUUUUCAGUGAAUUGUCAGAAAAUCUAGAAGCAUGAUUCUUUUUACUCUGUCCUUUUUAGAUGUACAUGACUUAAACAAGGUCCUUGAAUGCCCUACUUCUAACUUGGGAAACUUAAAAUUUAACACACUGAGCAAAACAGGCCAAAUUCUGCUCUGAGCUACUCAGGACACCUCAAGAAGCUGCCAAACAGAGCUGCUCCUGUAGAAGAAUCUGUAGCAGUUUUUGGUUCGUAUGUUUUGUCUGGAUCUGUGUAAUAAAUUCUCCUUAUGGCAAAUCCUGUU